AUGGCCACAACCGACGGAGGAGUAGAGCUGCCACAGCAACAGCAUGAAGAAGUUGACCAUGUCGAAGAGCCCGUCACAAACGAAACGCCCACCAACGAUGACGAUAACGAAAUUGACGACCUUUUCGAAGACGAAGACGAAAUAGUGCCAGAACUAAUAUCCGGCGACCACCACGACUACACCAAAGCCUACAACCGCCAGCGAAAGCUAAACGAUACGAACAUCCCAGACGAUCACAAGCCCAAGUCGAAUCCGCAGAAGCCGUCCGCCAACACAAACGCCUCCAUCGAUGACCAAGUCGCCUCCCUCGCGAAGCAUGCGGGCAAGAUUCGCCUCACCGGGCGCAUGACGGGUGCGUCUGGGGGCAACGCAAGGGACAAGGACAAGGCAGACCGCGCGACAACCGAACAAGUUUUGGAUCGGAGGACGCAGAUGAUCCUGCUGCAACUCAUAAACCGCGGCGUAAUCUCAGAGAUUCACGGUGUCAUCUCCACGGGCAAAGAAGCCAACGUAUACCAUGCCAUGACCGAAGCGCCAGAGGAGGAUACGGACCCCAUCCACCGUGCUGUCAAGGUUUAUAAGACGUCCAUUCUCGUCUUCAAGGACCGCGCAAAGUACGUCGAGGGCGAGUUCCGCUUCAGGCAAGGAUACAACAAGAGCAACAACCGCGCCAUGGUACGAAUGUGGGCAGACAAGGAGCGCAGGAAUCUGGCUAGGAUACACGACGCAGGCAUUCCAUCACCAAUGGCUCAUGCGCUGCGGAACCACGUCCUUGUUAUGGGCUUCGUCGGUGACCGCAAAGGCAAGGCAGCGCCCCGUCUGAAGGACGUGCGCUUCGAGGGUCUCACAGCAGAGGAAGAGGAUGCGAAGUGGACAAGUCUAUAUCUCGAGAUGCUAGCGUACAUGCGCAUCAUGUACCAGACAUGCCGUCUUGUCCACGCUGAUCUGAGCGAGUACAACGUCUUGUACCACGAGGGCAAGCAGUGGAUCAUCGAUGUCUCUCAAGCCGUCGAACACGACCAUCCUCGUUCUCUCGAGUUCCUGCGCAUGGAUGUCAAGAACGUAUCUGACUUCUUCCGCUCCCGCAACGUCGAGACGCUGAGUGAGCGCAAGGCUUAUGCCUACAUCACCAGCGCGGCAGGAGCGAAGACUGUCAAGGAGCAGACGCAGAUGGAAGAGAGCAUCCGCACCCUCCUAAACAAAGAGCCGUUAACCGAAGAGGAACGUAAGAAGGAAGAAGAAGACGACGACGUCUUCCGCAACCAAUACAUCCCCCAAACCCUCGAACAGGUCUACGACAUCGAGCGCGACGCCGAACUCGUUAACGCCGGUGGUGCCUCCGACCUUCCCUACCAAGCCCUUCUUGCCGACAACGUCGUCAACAACGGCUCUGAUGCUUCAGAUGCUGAGUCUGACGAUGGUAGCUCAGGAUCUGAGGUUGAUCAGAGUAUCUUCGACAAGGGCCCCAGCCGCGGAAAGAAGCAUGUCGAUCAUGACGAGAAGGUGGCGCAUAAGAAGGCGAUCAAGGAGGAGAAGCGCGAGAAGAGGAAGGAGAAGAUGCCGAAGCAUAUGAAGAAGAAGUUGGUGAACGGCGGUGGGCAUAAGAAGAAGUGA